GCCUAUCACAAAGAUUGUCAUUGAAAUUAUUGAAAAUGACGACCAUCAACUGCCCCCUAUGCGUAGAUAGCCAUCUACUCCGCUGGUGCCCAAAGUUCCGCCAGAUGUCCCCAGAAGCUAGGCUGAGGACCACAUUAAUCCACCGAUUUUGCAGCAACUGCCUCGCGUCGAGCCAUUCGAAAAAUGAAUGCGACAGCGUAAUACGCUGCAAACGUUGCGGCAACCCACACCACACGAUGCUUCAUGGCAUCGGGUCAGACGCCGAAGAACAAGACGACGAUGUCAUUGAAUUGACAUGGGCACAGCAAGUCGAGGCAGCGGAAAUGGAGGAGAAUUCAUUGGCAAUCGGCCCGACGUAUUCGGAGCCCAAUCAACCAUGUCCACCAACGUCAACAGUCAAGCAGCCGCAAAGCUCUGACCAACGAUGCCUCUCCCGCAUACCACACGCCCAAGAUCGAGCCAGACUCGAGUCGUCUCGCCGACUUCGGCGUGCUGGUAACUUCCUUUCGGAUUGGCGGCAUGGCAACGAUCGACUGAGACUCGAUUCGUCUCAGCGACAUUGUCCGGACCGAACCAGACUCGAUUCGUCUCGUCGGCCACCCCAUCCGAAGCGAAGGCGUGGAAGAGACGUUCGUCGUCAAGCCGAUGCACGCCGUAUUAUAAAGGAGAGGCAUGCAACACAACCUUGGCAACAAAGACUUGCGCUAUCACCAACCGCCUUAAUAAGAGUACGAACUGCAACCAGGUUCGUAACAGUGCGGGCCAUGAUUAGCCCAGUUAGUCCAGCCACGGUUAUCCUCGCCUCCACAAUUGCACGAUUGCGACUGCAUACGCAUGCACGAGGAGACAGCCGAGUGUGCGAACUCAUGUUUCGGGACAACCAGGGUGGAGAUACAGAAAUCUCCGUGAGUGCCCAAAUUCAGCGACGUCCGUUAACACCGACGCCAGUAAAGUCUCUGGAAGACCAUUUGGUUCAACAAUUCCGCAACCUAAGACUGGCAGACAACGAAUUCCACAGAGCAGCGCCAGUCGAAAUAAUCUUGGGAGCGGACGUUUACUCCCGGCUCAUGUUGCCCGGGUUACAACCAGCGGCAAUGGGCCAACUCAUCGCCCAAAAUACGACACUGGGAUAUAUAAUAUCCGGUGUCGUAUAA